AUGGCCCAAAAUAUUCGGGAGCCGCAGUUAGAUAACGGAGAAGUGGUCACCUGGAACCCGCCUCCUUUUGGUAGUUUCAAAUGUACUGCUUGGGAUAGUAGUACUUUCUCGGUGCUAGAAGCGGAGGCCUUAGCUCUUAAGGAAGCAAUUCAAUCAGUUAUCAUGCUUCAUAAUGCUCCGACGAUUUUUGAAAGUGAUUCUCAACAGGUGGUCCAAGCUCUUAGUUCCAAUACGCCGGGUAGCUCUGGGUUUAUUUCAAUUAUUAAUUCUAUUAAGUCAUUGCUAUUAGAUUUCCCCAACUUUGAGGUUAAGUUUAUCAAGCGUCAAGCGAAUAUGGUUGCCCAUACCUUAGCGAAGGCGGCCAAUUCUUGGUCUCGACGCUAUAUGUUUGAUGUAAUUUCUCCUUGUAUUACUUUUUAUCUGAUUAAUGAAAGCAGUUAA